AUGUGGGGUAGCACCGACGGCGGGACGCCGGAGGUCGCCCUCGAGACCUCCAUGGGCGCCGUCACUGUCGAGAUGUACUACAGGCACGCGCCCAAGACUUGCCGGAACUUCGUCGAGCUAGCGCGUCGCGGCUACUACGACAACGUCAUCUUCCACCGCAUCAUCAAGGAUUUCAUUGUGCAAGGUGGGGAUCCUACUGGAACCGGCAGAGGUGGCGAGUCCAUAUAUGGAGCAAAGUUUGAGGAUGAGAUAAAGUCAGAGUUGAAGCACACUGGGGCUGGAAUUCUGUCCAUGGCGAACGCUGGUCCAAAUACGAAUGGAAGCCAGUUCUUCAUAACUCUUGCGCCUUGUCAGUCACUUGAUGGGAAACAUACAAUUUUUGGGAGGGUAUGCAGAGGAAUGGAAAUUGUUAAGCGCCUUGGUAGUGUGCAGACUGACAAAAAUGACAGGCCUAUCCAUGAAGUGAAAAUCUUGCGAGCCAUCGUCAAAGAUUGA